AAUCGAGCGAGGAAGCACGUCAGUCUGAAAAGUGAGGUUGUGGCAUUAUGGAAAUCGGCUCUGGAGAUCCUGAGCGAGGGUUGUCUAAAGCUGAUACAGUACAUGAGGCAUUCGUUCUUUUGCAGAGCUACCAAGCCGCUAUACCUGAAUUUAGAAGACAGUUGGAGAAGGUGAGACUGACCGGUCGCCGAGUUGAUCUCCUACUACGAGCUGGUAACUUUGAAUACGACUAAGGUUCUGAAUGCUUGGCUGCCACAAAUUAUUACACAGACCCUUUCAUUUAUUUAAGGUGGGAAUAAUGUUCUUUAAAACCUGCUGCUCCUUUCCGUUGUCUCUUCCUCUUCUUCACUUUUGUCUACACUCAGUUUUCGUUGUCUCAUCCAUUCGUCCCAUAACCUCCACACUAUUUGCCUAUACCUUUUUUCUUCUUUUAAAAAAAGAGAGAGUUAACAAUAGUCGUUGUUCUCACAUUUUCAUAAUGGAUGUCUUCAGACCCCAGAUGAUAUCCUAGUUUCGCAUGCUGUAAUGGAUGAGAUGGAUGAGGAUAAUGACUGAAGUGAGCUUUUUUAUUUUAUUUUAUUUUUUUUUCAAGCGGCGAAUUUGAUUGCCCGUUGUGCCUUUGAUGUGCAUAAAUAGGAUA